UCCUGCCCAUUUUGCUCGCGAGCGGCGAGACCGGUGCCGCAGGUGGCAGCGGCAGGUGGCCGCCCCCUCCCAUCCCGGCCCGGGGGUUGGCGCAGGAGUCCAGGACCGGAAGGCCAGGGGACUCCCGACGAUUGCGGCGCUUGGAGGCGCCCCCAACCCUUGCAGCGGUGGGACAGAAAAACAGACCCACUUAACAAACAUGAGGAGCGCAGCCAAGCCCUGGAGCCCAGUCACCAAAGCAGGGAACCAUGGGAUCGACCGGGCACGGGCCCUUCCCACAGCCUCUUCUGGCAUGAAGAGCUCUAAAUCUUCAACCUCGCUGGCUUUUGAGUCCCGACUCAGCAAGCUCAAGAGGGCCAGUAGUGAGGACAUGCUCAACAAACCAGGAAGUACCAUGGCUUCUGGGGUAGUUCGACUGAAAAAGACUUCGACAGCUGGAGCCAUCUCUGAGCUCACUGAGAGCCGCCUGAGGAGCAACCCAGGGGCUGUGACAACGACCAAACGGACAGGCAUUCCAGCUCCUCGAGAACUUUCGGUAACUGUCUCAAGAGAGAGAACUGUGCCACGUGGUCCCUCCAACCCAAGGAAAUCAGUGUCCAGUCCAACUUCUUCCAGCACACUCACCCCUACCAAGCACCUGAGGACCACUUCCACAAGACCCAAGCAAGAGAAUGAAGGUGGAGAAAAGGCCGUGCUUGAGUCCCAAGUUCGGGAACUUUUGGCAGAAGCCAAAGCAAAAGAUAGUGAAAUUAACAGGCUUCGAAGUGAACUUAAGAAAUGCAAGGAGAAAAGGACUCUGAACACUGAAGGAACCAGUACUUUGGACCCAAAGUUGGAUGGGUCCUCAGUCUCACCAGGUGACUCAGAACUGUUGAUAAGAGCUCUUGAGGAGAAGAACAAGAAUUUUCAGAAAGAGCUUGCCUAUCUGCAGGAAGAAAACCAGACCUUGAAGGAGAAACUGACUUAUUUUGAGCAUUCACCAAAUUCGGAAGAGGGAGCAAGCCACACUGGUGACAGCAGCUGCCCAACAUCCAUAACCCAAGAGUCAAGCUUUGGAAGCCCAACACAAGAUCAGUUGUCUGGUGAAAUCAAUGAGUAUAAAAACAGCCCUCACGGAAAUGCAUUACGGAUGUCGGGUUCUUCGAGUAGCGAUGUUACCAAAGCUUCUUUGUCACCAGAUGCCUCCGAUUUUGAGCACAUCACAGCAGACACCCCCUCCCGGCCCCUGUCUUCCACAAGCAACGCCUUUAAGAGUUCAAAGUGCUCUACCACAGGGAGCUCCCCUAACAAUGUGAGUGAGCUGUCCCUGGCUUCUCUGACGGAGAAGAUACAUAAGAUGGAAGAAAAUCACCACAGCACUGCGGAAGAACUGCAGGCUACUCUACAAGAAUUGUCAGACCAGCAACAAAUGGUGCAAGAAUUGACAGCUGAAAAUGAGAAGCUGGUGGAUGAGAAGACGAUUUUGGAAACUUCCUUUCAUCAGCAUCUAGAGAGGGUAGAGCAGCUAAGUCAAGAAAAUGAGAAGCUGAUACAUCUUUUACAAGAGCGAGUAAAGAAUGAAGAGCCCAAUGCCCAAGAAGGAAAACGUCUGGAACUGGAGCAGAAGUGCGCGGAGAUCCUUGAACAGGGCCGCUUCGAAAGAGAGCAGCUGCUCCACAUUCAGCAGCAGCUGACCUGCAGUUUACGGAAGGUGGAGGAAGAACACCAAGGAGCUUUAGAAAUGAUCAAACACUUGAAGGAAGAAAAUGAAAAACUGAAUGGGUUUCUAGAACUGGAACGGCAUGAUAACAGUGUGAUGGCCAAAACUCUGGAAGAGUGUCAAGUUACACAGGAAGGGCUGAAGAUUGAAAAUGGGUCUUUGAAGGCUCAAUUGGAGAACGAGAAGCAAAGAGCUGGAGAGACCAGUCCCCUGGGGCAGAUGGCAGAGGGCUGUGAAAUUCAAGAAAUGUUAAAAGUAGCUCGAGCUGAGAAAGAUCAGCUGGAACUGUCUUGCACUGAGCUCAAACAAGAAUUACUAAAGGCACAUGGUGAAAUUAAACAUGUCUCCGGCCUACUAGCCAAGGUGGAAAAAGAUUAUUCUUACUUGAAGGAAGUAUGUGAACAUCAAGCAGAACAGCUGAGCAGAACCAGCCUAAAACUGCAAGAGAAAGCAUCAGAGAGUGACGCGGAGAUUAAAGAUAUGAAGGAAACCAUAUUUGAAUUGGAAGAUCAAGUGGAACAGCAUCGAGCUGUCAAGUUACAUAAUAAUCAGCUCAUCAGUGAGCUAGAAAGCAGUGUGAUGAAGCUGGAGGAACAGAAAUCAGAUCUGGAGAGGCAGCUGAAGACUCUGACUAAGCAAAUAAAGGAGGAGACCGAGGAGUGGAGGCGGUUCCAGGCGGACCUGCAGACAGCAGUGGUGGUAGCCAAUGACAUCAAGUGUGAGGCCCAGCAGGAGCUGCGCAUCGUGAAGAGGAAGCUGCUGGAGGAGGAGGAGAAGAACGCCAGGCUGCAGAAGGAGCUGGGGGACAUGCAGGGCCUCAGCAGACCUGUGCAUGAAGAGCCCGAGCCCCCUGAGGUCGAUACUCCUGGCCGGUGGCAUGGUGUCUAUGUGAACAGAGCAUCGCCAACACCUUCCGAGUCUGCAACCACUGUUAAGUCCCUUAUCAAGUCAUUUGACUUGGGACGCUCAGGUGGAGCUGGACAGAAUAUUCCUGUUCAUAAGGCCCCCAGAAGCCCCCUGAGUGGCAUACCAGUGAGGACUGCCCCUGCUGUAGCGGUUUCUCCAAUGCAGAGGCAUUCAACUUACACCAGUGUUCGGCCAGCCAGCAAAGGAGCGACUCAGCGCUUGGAUCUUCCUGACCUUCCCCUCUCAGAUCUUCUAAAGGGAAGGGCUGAGGACCUGAAACCAGACCCUUAUCUCCGUAAGAGUCCCUCUCUUGAGUCACUGAGCAGACCACCCUCUCUGAGCUUCGGGAACACUAGACUGCUGAGCGCUUCUACUGGGGGCCUGAAACCACAAAGCAAACUCAGUGUGGAAAGGAGAGACCCUCUGGCUGCCUUGGCCCGGGAAUAUGGCGGCUCCAAGCGCAAUGCUCUACUAAAAUGGUGCCAGAAGAAGACAGAAGGUUAUGCGAACAUUGAUAUCACCAAUUUCAGCAGCAGCUGGAGUGAUGGCUUGGCCUUCUGUGCUCUCCUCCACACCUACUUGCCUGCUCACAUCCCGUACCAGGAGCUGAACAGUCAGGAGAAAAAAAGGAAUCUCUUGUUGGCAUUUGAAGCAGCCGAAAGUGUAGGCAUCAAACCCAGCCUGGAGCUCAGUGAGAUGCUGUACACAGACCGGCCUGACUGGCAGAGCGUGAUGCAGUAUGUGGCCCAGAUCUACAAGUACUUUGAGACGUAAGCCCAGAGGGCCUGACAGCAGCCACUGCCACCUGCGGUUUGUCCUGGAAGCACCUGGUCACUUUUCCACAGGCCCUGCUCCGCCUGUCCACAGCUUGGCCAUCUGUAUUUCAAAGGAAGGUUCAAUGCAGGGGGACCAACACACAAAGAAGAAACAAAGCUGGGUUCCACCAUGCACCCACCUGAAUCCAGAUACAUUUGGAGUGUAAGUUGGGGAAGCUGUGCUCUCCCGGGGCCUCUUACCUUCCAGACCCAAGAGACCCCAGUCACACCGCGUGACUUCAUACUUGAGCUGCACUGAGAUUCGCAACGAACAGCACUUCAAAUCAGUCAUCUUUUUACUAAAACUCGUGGCUUUUACCUUUAUGAAAACUUUGCCCUUGCUAUUCCCCACCCCCUCCAAAAACACCCAACAAAAGACAUUUGCUCUCAAGCAGCCUGGAAACACAUAAACCCUGCCUUUUUGGGAAAUAAGCUUACAUUCUAGGUAACAAUUUUAACACCUAGAACUUGAUUACGUUUUUUAGAUCUCAACUAUCACUCAUUUGAUUCUUUGGAUGGAAGAUAAAACAUGUGAGAAUAAAAAAUGGUAGUUUGCUGCACUGUCCCUAUGGAUGUCCUGCAGAGAGCAGUGUGCGCCCUCCCGUGCAGCUGUCUGCUGGGACACGGUCACACACAUGGCUCCCGGGGCUCAGCCAGCCCCAGAAUGCAGAAAGGUAACCUCCGUAACUGUCCGCCUCCUCCACCUGCCCUCCCAUUUACUCACUCGCCCAUUCAUACCCACACAUAUUUGUCCCAUGUGCAGAAUUGACAGUCACUCAUAUGUAAAAUGGCCUGUGCCUGCUAGGGUCUUUGGGUAUUUGCACAAUGAAACAGGCUGAUAAUGUGUAUUUGUUAGGAUACUAGGGAGACAGCAAAUUUAAACAACACUUCAACUUUAGAUUUAGUUUUUAGUACCUGGUGAGGCCUUUCAUGUUCGCAUGGCUAAAUGAAGCCCUCGGAUGGGCAGAGAUGGGUCUGUUUAUAAUUGAACAAAGGAAAAUUCUGUUUUUCUGCUAUCCUGCGGUCACCCUAAGCAGCAGCAGAGCCCGCCCGGAGUGGCCCCGGUCACCUUGGAAGUACUCUGUGCAGGUAACCCCCUGGUGGCUCUUUGAUAUUCUUGUCUGGCGAAUAAAGGUGCAUGGCAUAGCAAAGGGGGUGCGGUUCACACAGGUGAAUCUGAGGUGACUUCGUCAGUGUCCAUCCCUUGCUGAUGUAGGUGCCCAUAGCUCUGUGUUACUGCCCCUCAGACAAAGGGUCAUUCUUACCAUACAUCACUGAGAGCUACAUUACGGCUUCCAUUGCUUAAAGAAGAUGGCUGGCUGGUCCAUCUUCUGAUGGCUGGUCAGGGCCCUUGUUCACAGGUGGGGGCCUAGCGGCUAUGAGCUGGCCCUCACUCCAGGCCAACUGUGUGGAGCUGGCCGCUGUGCCCUGCGGGCCCAUCCAUCCUCAGGCUGCCGUGGCUGCCCUGUCGGCAGUCCUCCUCUGUGGCUCUACAUCAGAAUCUCCUGGGGAGCUGGUUAAAAACUCACACUGCCUGCCUGCCCCAUCAGUGGAAUCCAGAUAUCUGGGAUGGGACCAGGGGUGCGUUCUCUAUUGUCAGAGUUGCCGAGAUCCACUGAGGAGCGAGCAGCAGCCAUCAGCCCGCAGGGCAUGGCAGGGAGCUCUGAGCAGUGGUGAUGGCGAUUUCAUAUCUGGCCCUUUGUUCUCAGUUGGGAGGUGGAGGCACAGUCUGAACAAAUUCACCUCACUCUUUCCUGAUGAACAAUUGAAAGUUACUACUUGUAUUGUUUCUUGCAUCUCUUUUGUUGACAUAACUGAUUCACUUUCAUUUUCUUCUCCUGUGCUUCUGCCUUGCUCACCUUUACAGUGGGGGGAAGUGACAUGCCCAGUAAUUGGGUUGGGCUGUUGGUUGUUGUGUUUAAGCUGGGAUUAUACAGGGCUUUGUGUGGGAGAGGCACUGAGAUCUUGGGAUACCUGGAGGGGGUAUUACUGGCGCCCUGUUUGGGUGAUUACCCUAAAUGAUGCAAUGUGAGCUCUGUGCUGGAGCCUGUACCCUUCGGGUUAAAAAGAAGGAAAGAAAUGUCAUAUGAAAGAAAGGCCAUGAGACAAUUUUUAUAAUUCAAGGAAGUUCCUUGACUACCAUUUUCUUUGCCAGCGGGCAUGCAUGGAGAGGAAGUGUGUGUGCUAUUCAGAGAAACACAGGUUUGUCUGGCCCUGUGGGGUCCUGGGACGGGGACUGAGGGCAGCUCGGGAGUGAGGUCAGACCUUCCAGCACUGCAGGGCCUGGGGGGAUGCUGUGCCAACCCAGGCGGGGCCACACCGUGGGCGUUUAGAUCCAUUUUUAACUGGAGAGGUCAGAGCACACGGUGAAUGUGGAAAAUUGAUGAACUUAGAAAACAAGGUAGCAUCAACAAGUUGUGUCAUUCCCAGUUUCCUGUCCUGAAGUUUUCAGAAGCUACAAUAUCCAUGUUUCUUCCCAUCUUCCUUCAUCCAGUAGUCAGUCAUUUAAAAUUAUAUGUUUGUUCUGCAGAUCCUUUUUCUUUAAUGUAUUAUUUUUAUUACAUAAAAAACCUGUGCAAAGUACAAGAUGCAGAACAGUGGAGGAGUUUUUAAAAGACAUAAAGAGACAUGGUUCUUUGCAUUGUGAAUUGUUUCAUGGACUUGAAAUUUAAUCAAUAGAUAAUUCUGCCAUGGCCCCUGUCCCACUGGGUUAGCAUUUCUGAGGAACCGGGCACAUUCACACUUCUCUCGUCCUCAUCCCUUCUCACCUCAGAAAUGACGUUAGCCUUUGGUUUUUGUUCUUCAUUCUGUUGUUUUAUAGCUUUGGUUGAGACCAUCCAAAGUAGAUGCCGCAGAUGUUACACAAAACACACUUCCCGAAGUGAGCAGCCACCUGGCAUGACAAAUGUCUGUGAUGUUCUCUUUCCCGCAGAAAGAUUGGCAGGACUCUCUCAAUCUCCCGCUCCCACUUCCCCACUGAGGGGAGGGCAGGCAUUUCACUGGAAUGUGGACAUAGAGGACCUGGGUCAGUAAACACAAACCCACUUGCCAAAUCCAGCAGUAGUUCUUCCCAUUCCAAAGCCUGAGUGCCAUUUUGAGAUGAACUACCAAUGACAUGCAGUAAAGAAUGUAACCUAGCAACCUUUUUAAGAGUAUUUUUAAUAUUUCAGUUGCCCAGGUUCCCUGGAUGUUUCACUUCUCUGAUUCGGGUUAGAGUUGGCUGGCCUAUCCUGAGUAGCUACUAACUUUAACUACACUAGUCGAAUGCAAUUGAUACACCUGUAGCGUCAUUUCUGUACAGAGUACACCAGAGUACCGAGCAUUGUCAGGACGUGACGUGCCAACAGAGCUGUACUGAACUAUGAACACGAUAGUGUAUGAUGUAUGACUAUGUAAGAUUUCUAAUAAAUAUAUUUUGGUUCUAUCUGA